AUGACAACAAAGUCGAUAAAUUUUUCGAAGUUAUUCUCUAAAUUGUUGAAAGAACAUAAUGAAAUUGACGAUACUGUAUCUUCAUUUCUGUACUACAUGUUUCCAAGAGAUCUAUUUAUAAGAGCACUGUCUCUGAUAGAAUCGAAUAACAUGUUCAUAUACGCCCUGGCAGCAGAAUGUUGCCAAGUCUCUGCUUUAACUACUACCUUCCACGAUACUCCAGUCUCCUCGACGAUUUCGAAAAGUGUUACAUCUGAAAUCACCGAAAUUGAUGUAAAUAUUCCACAGAUGAGCUCCCCCAUCAGUCAAGUAAAUAAGUUGAUAGAGAAGUUUAUGCAAGAUGAUAUAGAUUUAUCAUAUCGACUGAUAGUAAGACCGGAAAAUACUCAAAGUUCUCCACUAUACGUAGAUUUAGAUAACUGGACCUGCUCAUGCACCGAAUUCUCAGAACUAUUUCAAAAAGAAUUGGAAACAAGUAGAAACUCUGCAAAUACAGAUUUAAAAGAUUUGUUAAUUCGUGAAAUUGAUGAUAUGAACGAUUUUUCUGAGGACAAAUUUGCACAGCUAGAUUCGCAUAGUUUGUCUAAGCAGAGAUACUUUAAGUGGGAAAGAAUUACUUGCUGCCAUUUAUUGGCUUAUUCAAUAGUAUUGAAAUCUUCUCCCAAACUUCUAAGAUAUUUUAUAGUCGAAAAAACAAAUGUUCUGCUCAUUCCAAUAAAUAAUAUUGAUGAAUGGUUGAAAUUACAUAUCAAUAUAGUUGAGUAA